CAGAUGUCCUUAUCGGGGAUGGCGUCAAAAACACUGGCGGAAUUCGAGCAGCAGUAUUCCCUUCAAACAGCGGAGGUAACAGCCACAAUUGCACGUCUUCCCUCUCUGCCAGUUUCCGACAGGCCAGCUAGUGUACAGUCCAUGCAGAAGGUGCUAGCGGAAGUAGCCGAUCUCUUAGAACAAAUGGAACUUGCUGUGCGCGAUCUCGCUUCUGGGAGUGCGGAAAGAAACAAGUACGAACUGAGAGUGCGAAGUUAUCGAAACGAUAAGCGUCUCCUGGAUGGAGAAUUGGAUAAAGCGAUUAAGCGUCUCAGAGAGUCAGCCAAUCGAGAAGAAUUGAUGGCAUAUGACGAAGCAGUCGAGAUGGAUCAGCAGGAGGAGCAACUUAUAGCAAAUACGGAACGUCUGGAAAGGUCAUCCAGGAAAUUGCAAGAUGCAUAUCGUAUGGCUGUCGAAACUGAACAAAUCGGAGCCGAAGUUUUGGGUAAUUUAUCGUCGCAAAGAGAGACGAUCGGGCGAGCACGUGACAGAAUGCGUGGAGCCGAUGUGGAAUUGGGUAGGAGUAACCGUUUAUUGAACACAAUGAUACGCAGGGUAAUCCAGAAUCGCCUGCUUUUACUCGUGGUUGCUGUACUGCUGAUGUUCUGCUUGCUGUUCAUCAUCUACAAAUCUCUAUGA